AUGCUGAUGAUUUAUGCUAGUCUUCAUCAUGUUCAUUUAACAUCAGUUUUACAAGGGACCCAACAUCAUGUUUCAGCUCGUGAAAAAUAUCAUCGUUCGUUAGUCAUUCAAUUUCUUUGUUUUUAUUUUAUUUGGGGUGUACUUUGGUCACCAUAUGUUAUUAUUUUCCAACUGUCACUUCGUCAACAGAAUGUGAUGAAUGUCGUUACGCUACUUAAUUUUAUGGAAAUAGCAUGUGAUCCAAUAAUUGUUGCAGCAUUAGAUAUUCGUUUUUGGCAUCAAUGGCGAAAACUCGGGAUUCAUAUAAAAAAUACUAUAUUCGUCGUUCGAUGCAAGCGUAGACGAAUUCACCCUUCAACAGUGAAUCUCAAUCGAAUUUUGGUUAAAGCUUUCGGAUUGAAAACAAAUGCUUUUUAAACAGAAAAAUGUGUAAACCUUUAUUUUUUUCUGCAAAAAACUCGUUCUGUUAUCUCAUACAAAAUCAUCAUUCUACAAAGAGAUUUUAUGGCAAUCUCAUUUUGGUACAAUACAUAGAGAUCCAUUUUUGAAAACAUAAGAGUAAGAAUUUUUUUCGUGUGUGCAAUUGAGGGAAGAGGAAAACCACACCCACACCUACCCGUAUUUUUCCAGAUACGGUCACUUACGACCGUGUUUGUUCGACUUGGUGAUAUUAUAUUUACUCACUUUUCAAUUAAAAUGACUUUUUUUUGUCUUUGAGGCAUCCUUAAUAAAGAGUUUAAGUUUUCUAAUGUAAUUAGUAGUGGUAUUAUAUAUAACUUACGUUUAUAAUCAUUAGCCUUAAAUGUUGCUUCGAUUCUUUUUCUUAAAUAAAUUUCAAGUUCAUCAACAUAUGUUGUGUUGUCAAUGAGACUCAUUAAUAUCUAAAAUAUUGUCAGAGUCAAUUAUUAAAACAAAAAUAAUACAAACUAAUGUUCACUACAUCCUAAAAGCAAUCAUAAUUCAUUACUAUUCAGUGAUCGAGAAAAAUUUUUUAUCAUUAUAUGAUCUAAAAACAAAAAGAAAAAUAGCCAUUAAAGAAUUAUACAAUAUGUGCCCAUCAACGAAUUAUGUAGUAUUAUUUGUAACACAAGAUUAUAUAGUCAAGCAAACACUUUGUUGCAAUAAUGGAUUUGCUAUUGUCGUAUUAAAUAAAGAAAAAUUUCUAUUAAUGGAUAUGGCGUGAGUAUGGAAGAAAACAAUAAUCUUACCCACACUCGCAGCUACAAUUAAAUCUCGUCAAGCUUUUAUGUUGUUUUCUCAAGUCGGAUUUCGUUGAGAAAUAAAAAACAAAAAGAAUUGGUCCCCACUCAUCAAUAAUGUAAUUACAAUGGUGAAAAAAGAAGUUCUACCUUCAUCUAGUGUAAGAGAAAGUUUCCGUCUUAUACAGAAAUAUCUUCUCUUUCAAUACAUAAGUAGAAGUUUAGAACAUCAGUUGAGAAAUACGAUAUGAAUGAAUAGAAGACACGCAUGACCCACUAUCUCAACCAUGUCAAUCGCUCGAUGUUUUCUGAAUAGUUGCU